AAGCACCACAUCAUUAGUUGUACAUAGCUAGCACCAGAACAAAAUGCAGCCAGCAACGGGAAAGAGAGGGCGAGGGCGGCCGCCCAAGCAAGCAUCUGCAAAAGCUUCCGUCAAACCGGGGUCAAAAACGAAAACUGCUCAGUUUGGAGCAGGUGGAAGUACUUCCAUAGCACCAAAGGCGCGGAAACUACAUAAAGACGCGGAUACUUCCGG